CGGAAGCGCAGCACAAACCUUUGAGCGCCUCUUGAAAACAUUUACAAACUCACUGUGUAGUUGAAGAUAUAGACUGAAUGGAAACUGAACUCACCUGAUUUACAGGUUGAACUAUGCUCGCAGCUGGUUGGGGAGAUAAGCCGAAAGACAAAAUGUCCUGAUGGAGAACAUCCGACCACGUCUGAAGUUUGGGAGUAAAGUGGAAGAUGUGAAACUGAGGAAAAGAAAAUCCCUCCUUUACGCCAAAGAAGAUGAGUGUCUUCUGAUCAGCGGUGAGCUGAGGACCAGAGUGGCUGUGUUUUGUGUGGUGUUCAGACUGAUCAACUGCUUCUUGGUUCAGACCAGCUUUGUGCCUGAUGAGUACUGGCAGUCUCUGGAGGUCUCCCAUCAUAUGGUCUUCAAUUAUGGGUAUUUGACCUGGGAAUGGAAGACAGGAUUAAGAGGAUUCUCCUAUCCACUCUUUUUUGCAUUCAUAUACAAGAUAUUACACUUUAUAAACUACGACUCAGUCUAUCUCCUGAUAUGGCUACCUCGAAUAAUUCAAGCUCUCCUGGCUGCGUUUGCAGAUGUAAAAUUCUUCUUCCUCAUCCGAACGUUGGAAAAUCGUGACGUCGCAAAAUGGACUUUCUUUUGCCAUAUGUGCUCCUGGUUCUCGUGGUACUGCUGCACCAGGACUCUGACCAACAGCAUGGAGACCACCAUCACCUGCCUGGCUCUUUUUUACUUUCCCCUGCCUGGGUCCAAAACACACAGCAGUAAAAAAUAUUUGACCCUGGUUGCCUUGGCUGUCAUUGUUCGUCCGACGGCCCUGAUUGUCUGGCUUCCUCUGUUGAUGCACCACUUCUGGCAGGAAGAUAACAAACUGAGGCUCAUCACUCAUGACUAUAUUCCUAUAGGGGCUCUGGUUGUUGUGUCUUCAACAGUGGUCGACUGUAUAUUCUAUGAAAAGUGGACCAUGGUGCAGUUCAACUUCCUGAAGUUUAACAUCUUCCAUGGCGUGGCGGGUUUCUACGGCUCUCACCCCUGGCACUGGUACUUCACACAGGGGUUUGCAGUCGUCAUCGGCCCUCAUCUUCCACUCUUUCUUCAUGGAUGCUCGCUCGCCUUCAAGAGAUACAAAAUCCUGUUGGCGGCAGUCGUCUGGACAGUCGUAGUUUACAGUUUGCUUCCCCAUAAGGAGUUCAGAUUCAUCUAUCCUGUGCUGCCGUUCUGUAUGAUCUUUUGUGGAAUAUCGAUGGCUAAUUUGAAAGCAUGGCGUCGAGCUGCAGUGUUCGGUUUGUUAUUGACCAACCUGUUUCCGGCUCUGUACACCGGCCUGAUUCAUCAGCGAGGCACACUGGACGUCAUGAGCCGCCUGCAGACACUCUGCGACGUCAGCAAUAUCUCCACUCGUACACAGCCGGAUGUCCUCUUCCUCAUGCCCUGUCACUCAACACCUUACUACAGCCACAUCCACUGCCCACUGAAGAUGAGGUUCCUGGAGUGUCCUCCAGAUCUUGGAGAGGAGGGUUACGUCGAUGAAGCCAAGAGAUUCUACGAUGACCCUUUUCACUGGCUCAGAAUCUCAUUUCCAUAUAAGUCCUCUCUGCCAACACACCUGGUUCUGUUUGAUGUUUUAGAAAAGGAAAUCUCUGCGUUUAUGCGUGUGAAUAACUUUAAGAAGAAAGCAGAGAUAUUUCAUACUCACUUUCCUGAGGGGAGAGUUGGAAGAAGCAUCUUUAUUUAUGAAAGGCACUGACAAACACUCGUACAAUGGCAAAC